AUGCCUCCAAAGAAAAAGGAAGAUGCCAAGAAGAAGGAUGCGAAGGAGGAAACGAAAAACGAGGUUGAGGAGGAGCGGGAGCUAGUGGAAAAGGAGCUGGUUAUUGGCUACCUGCGGUCUAAGCUGAACAGGUACCAGGAGCACGGUGACCGGCUGCAAGUGGACGUGCUCAAGCUGACGGAUGAGCUGGAGACACAGAAACUCAAUCUCAGAGACAUCAACGAGUUCCUCACGAAUGAACUCAAGGCCCGCUCCGCCACCACUUCAGCUCUGGAGGCCAAGUUGGCCGAGCUGAACACCCUGAUGGAGGAAGUGCGCAAGAGUCAUGAGGCCGCCCUGUCCAAGUUGCGAGCUGACAAGGACCGGGAUAUUGAGAGACUGGAAGCCAUCGUCAGGGAGCACGAGCGCAAGGCCCGAAUCACUCAGGACUUCCUGGACCGAAAGGAGGCCAUGGAGACGGAGCUGCAGAACCUCAAGGAGACGUUGGCUCGGAAGACCAAGGAGUUCGAGCAGCAGAUGACGGAUAUGGACCGGCAGCACAUUCAGGACCGGGAGAAGUGGAAGCGGGAGAUGGCGCAAAAGAUCAAGGAGACAAAGCUGCAGAUGAUGAAGCUAACGGACAAUCAGCUGGAGAUGACCACCAAACGCACGAUCAUGGAGAAUGAGCAGAUGUCCAUAGAGCUCAGCUACCAGUCCCGACAGACAGAAAAACUGCUCAACAAAAACUCGAAGCUGACUGAGGAGAACGCGGAGCUCCGGCGCCAGUUGGAGUUGUCGAAGCAGACCGAGGAGGAGCUGGCUCGCAGGAACAACCUGUACCAGAAGACCAUCAAGACACUGCUGGGCAAGCUCCAAGAGCAGGGCUACGCGGCCGCUGAGAACGACCAGGUGGUUGGGGCUCUGGACCAGCGGCUAGCGGACCUAGCCCAACACCUGCACCUGGCGCAGCUACAACUGGAGGAAAAGACCGCAGAGCUGCGCGAGCAGCUUGACACCAAGACGGCCGAGGCGGCGGCGGUAUCGGCGUCGUACGACGAGACUGCCAAGUUUUUGUUACAGUGCAUGGCCGACGUGCGCGAGAAGGUCGUAACGGUGGUUCGUGAGGAGAGGGUGCUAGCACCUGAGGGCUCCAGUGAUAGCGCCGGGGGAGGCAGCGGCAGCGGCGGCGGCGGGGGGCCCCAAUCUGUGGCGGAUAUAACGGUACUGCCAGGCCGCUUGGAGGAGCUUAGCUUGGAGCAGCGGGAGCGCGUUCUUGCCUGGCUGCUCGAACGGCUGCACGUGUAUACAGUCAACAGGGGGCUGACGGGGCCUGGACUGGGCCUGGGAUUUGCGUCCGAGCCUUUCGCCGCUGCAGCCGCCGGCAUUGCCGCGGCGGGAAGUGGCUUAGUUGGCGCUGUCCCCGCGGGCGCUGGCGGGGCCAGCUCUGCCGCCGCAGCUGCAGCCGCCGUGGUUGCCGGCCGCGGCGGUGGCGAGGCAUCAAGCACAGGUGUCACACUACCGCCUAUUCCGUCGUUUAACCGGCGACAAUAUGCCAGCCACGCGCAUGGGCCCCUGUCGCAGAGUUCUCCCAUGCCGCUGUCUGCGGGCGCGAUCGGUAUGGCGGUGGCGGGGGAGUGGGGACCAGGCAGUGGCAGUGUCGGAGGCGGCGGGCUAGCUGCAGCGCGGCUGCCGCGGGCACCUACUCGGGAGUUGGAUGUCACUGGGGUGCAGGGCGCUGGCCUUGUCAGUAUGUCGGCAAUUGGCGGUAUAUUGGAGGCUGCUACCAGCAGUGUUGUCGGCGGCGGUUUGGUUGCCGGCGGGGCUUUCAGCACGUCUGCAAACGAUGUGAUUCACCAGCAGACGGGUAGCGUGGGCGUGUUUGGGCCUGGUGGGACAGAUGUUGAUGAAGCGCUCGCUAAAGUGCUCAGUGAAGUACGACCGUGGGGAAAGAGAGCGCAGGAACAAGCCUUGACCACCACAAAGCAUACAGGUACUUUUUUGCGUAGAGGACAAGGUAAAGCAACGGUGAAAGGGUGAAAUGGAAUAUAUCUUCUGUAUGUUUGAAUUUUUUUCAGUUUAACAUGUAUCUGUUAGGUAUAGAGACGGUGGACGAACGUGGCCAAAAAUGUCUUUUACAGUGUAAAAAAUUUUGUAUC